CCGGGUUGUUAAAUGGUUCGCUGGAUAAUUGAACCAUCUCCAUGCUUGAACCAUAAUAUGCUUUAACCAUCGUUUCUAAGGUAUGCAAUUCUUAAAGUAAGGAGCUUUGAAUAGGGCCUUGAUGGACAACAUCAUAGGCAAACCAAUGGUGUAUUGUCAGAGGUUUCCAAGAAGUUUCUUGGAUAAGGAUAGGGGAACGUAUGUUGGGAAACAUAUUUAUUGAAGUAAAACCUUCGUUAAAAAUGGCGACUUCAAGCUGUCUCCUUACGUUUACAUCAUUCAUGAUCAUUUUCUUGGAGAUGGGAUCUCUGAAAUCGUUUGGUGUUUUAUUCAACCCUAUGAUGGAUUCUCUAGAGUGCAGUGCAGCUGAACUGGGGACUGUAAUCGGCAUGUCAAACAGUAUUGGUUAUAUCAUUGCACCGAUCACAGGGAAUCUUGCAAGGCGAUAUGGCAGCCGGGUGUGUGUAACGACCGGAGGGUUCUUGCUUUUUGUUGGAUACCUUGCCAGUGCGUUCACUUGGAACAUCUUCCAGUUAACCAUCACAUUGGGAUUAACAACAGGUGUUGGUAUGGGUCUUACCUACAUACCACAGACAGUUGCACUGGUAUCGUCUCCGUCCAAGCAUUUUCCAGUCAUGUACGCCAUAGCACUUCUAGGUGGGUCAUUUGGUUUUAUGGCGUGCCCUCCUGUAGUCGAUUUUUUUCUCGGAGUCUAUGGCUGGCGUGGAACCUUGAUGAUCAUGUCUGCUGUUAUGUUCCACGUGUCUGUGUUUGGUGCACUGAUUGAUCAACACGUCCAUAAGUAUUCAAAGAUAAAAACAACAGACACUGAUCAAGUAUCAAAUGACAAGAAUGAGCCCGGCUUUCGUAAUCGGCUGAAGGAAGUUGCUUCCUGGCUUUCUUUGCAUAUCCUCGCUGAGAAACCAACGCUACUUCUUCAACUCGGUGCUUCUACACUACAAGGCAUAUCUUCUGCUGCUUGGAUGGUAUUUCUAGUACCUCAUGCAGUAUCAAGAGGUAUAACUCUCUCUGCAGCAGCUCUGUUAUCUACUGGAGGUGGUGUUGGAAACCUUGUUGGAAGACUCCUUCAUAUUCCUUUGCAGGGCUACAAUGUCAUCAGUGCAUUUUGGUUCUUUGUGUUACUGUGUCUUAUAAACUCAGUGGCAAUGUUCAUGGAUUCAUUUGUCCAAGAUAAUUACAUGUAUGUGGUCCUGAUGUUAUUGGCUUGUGUCAACGGGGGCGCCAUUGGACUUCUAAACAUUCUAGUGACGUUAGUGGUGAAAGAAAUGUACGACGAAAGUUUUCUCGUUGAUUUCUAUAUUUUAAGUAAGUGCCUCUACGGGCUUGGAGAAAUCAGCGGAAGUUUUGCAGCAGGGUUGCUUUACGACCUGACACGAAGUUACAACCUAGCCUUCGUCGGGCUUGGAAUUGUCAACAUUGUAAUGAUGGUACUCAUGCUGGUGGACGGCGUUAUUCAGCGAUGUUGUUCCCACCAUUGAUUAACAAUUUGCUCAAAAUGCUUUUUGCCCUCACUAAGGUUUGCUUGAGAGUUUUUAAGUCACAAAUUUGGUUGCUAGUGUUUGAACGUAGUCAUCGUUAUUGAUGUAUUCCACGUCGUUGACUGCAAUAUUUUGUAGACGCCACUAAAGCCAAACCUUAUUUGUUGCAUGUGCUUAUUUAAAAAUCCUGUCCGGAAACCCUGAACCGUAACCUCCCCGUGAA